CUGAGAAGAAAAAGAGGAAAAAGAUGAUUACAAGAAGAAGAAGCCGCCGACGACGACGCAAUCGCCCCCAAACCCUUCGCUUCCCGAUGAUUUGCUACUAAGCUGUUUUGCACGCGUCUCGAGACUCUACUAUCCAACUCUCUCACUCGUCUCCAAGACCUUACAAUCUCUCCUCGCUUCACCGGAGCUUUACAAGACUCGUUCCUCUAUAGGCCACACCGAGAGUUGUCUCUAUGUGUGUCUACUUCCCACCCCGACCCUAUCCCUCGCUGGUACACCCUCUGUCGGAAACCUGACCAAACCCUAACCACCACCAAUGACACCAUGAAGCUGAAGAAGAAGAAGAAGUCAAGUGGGUAUGUUCUGGCUAAGAUCCAAACUCCCCAUUUGGGUCCUGUGCACUGGUCGGGUUUCGUGACACUUGGUUCAGAGAUCUACAACUUUGGCGGACCCGAGGAGCCCUCGUCCAGCGUAUUGAUCAUGGACUCCAGGUCCAACACGUGGCGCGAGGGUCCAAGUAUGUUGGUAAAGCGGAAGCACCCACACGGCGUUGUCCUUGAUGGGAAGAUAUAUGUAGCAGGAGGAUGCAAAGACUGCAGCAGGGGUUCAUUGGAGUGGAUGGAGGUUUUUGAUCCAAAGAAGCAAACUUGGGAGUUUGUGUCAGGCCCUGGCGCUGAGAUAUGUGGCUGUGACUAUCUAAGUAAAAGUGCCGGAUUUGAAGGAAAGGUAUACAUCUUUGGAGGCGGUAAUGGUUUGGCUUACAACCCUAGGGAAGGUCGAUGGGAAAGGGUGGGAUGGGAGAUGGAUUCGAGUUGGCACUGGUAUUCUUAUGCGGUGAUUGACAACGUUCUCUACAAGUACGAAGGAGGAUUCAAAUGGUAUGACACUAAGGUAGGAGUAGGAGUCUGGAGGGGCUUGAAAGGUGUGAAAGGACUGCCUAAGUUCCCUCGUUAUAUUGCGAGGUUGGCGGAUUAUGGUGGGAAGAUGGCUGUUUUGUGGGAGAGGGUUUUGGUUUCCACUGGACGCAAGGACAAGAUGAUUUUGUGUGCAGUGAUUGCGCUUGAAAGGCGUAACGAUGAAGAGAUUUGGGGCAAGGUGGAAUGGUAUGACACAGUGCUUACAGUCCCCAAGUCAUGUAGGGUUGACUACGCUCUUGCUACUACCGUUUGAUGAAUGUGAUGAAUCUUUUUGAAGUCUUGGGCGAUAGACAUCAUUUCACUUGUAAUGGUAAUCCUAUAAUCUUUUUUGGUUCUUGUAAUAUCUGUGACUCAACUUAAGCAUAAUCCUAGGUUCUUUCACUGUAUUGUACCAUCUUUUGGACUUUGUCAUUGAUGCAAAAAAUGAGUGGUCAAGUUGC